UCUCACACUUCAUCAUUCAUUCAUUCAUUCAUUAUCUUAUUCUUAUUAGAGACUACAUACAACAUUGCAAUAACAAUAACAUAAGAUGAAGAUGGGGAGUGCUAGUGCUACCAUGGGAGGAUCAAAGAGAAGGAUGUCAUCAUCAAGCAGAGGAUUUGGUGGAGUCUUGAGAGAGCAAAGAGCUAGGCUUUACAUCAUAAGAAGAUGUGUUGUCAUGCUUCUCUGCUGGCAUGACUAGUUCUUCUUUUCUUUUUCUUUUCUAUCUUCUUUUGAUUCAUGGUGGAAUGUAUAUAGCUCAUCAAUGAUGAGGGAUCAAAUAUUAUUAUGGUGGAGAGAAAAAGGAAAAGAGAGAGGGAAAGGGUAACAAUUUUUUGUAUGCCUAGGCUUUUAUGUACAUUAGAAUAGCCACCAAAAUUAUUAUUAAUGGUAACAAUUUUCUCA